ACUGACCGAGGCUGUGUUGGAAGGAGCUCGUGCAUCACAUCAGUCCUGUCCUUUACUCAUUCGUCCUUCUCCAAAGCAGGCACGGAGAGCUGCGUUCAUGCCAAAAUGGGAUGUGGAAAUUCCUCCGCCACCAGCACGACAGCAGGAGGUCCAGCAGAAGCUGCCAAGGAUGUGACAGAAGAACCAUCACCAGAUGAUGAGAAGCGAAGGAACUAUGGAGGAGUGUAUGUGGGUCUUCCUGCUGAUCUGACCACAGUAGCUGCCAGCCAAUCAAAGUCCACACGUAAAGACUGAAAGCAGAUCACAUGAACCGACAACGAACCCGAGCUCUGCAGUGGCUGAUUUUACAAUGGAUAUUGAGACGAUAUAUUCGAGGAUCAAGCUGUUUUCGGAACUGAUUCCAGAAACGGUCGGCACUUCGGAAUGACAUCACUGUGACAUCAUACCGGCUGGCGUACAGAAGGGUUCUAUUUGGAACACUGAGCGUUGUUGUGACUACGAAUGUAGACUCUGUUGCCAUGGUGACCGGCGACCCCCCCUCCCCUCUCCCUCCACCAGGAGGACAUCCUGGUAUUUCGGAGUCACCAUGGAAGGGCAUUUCCUGAGUCUGGAGACCCAUCAGACCCAAUCAACUGAAGGUCUCUGCAAUAACAGACUUUACUGAAUCUAUUCUUUCACUCUUUAUGAAAUCUGAGAUCCGAACAGGAUGAUGUAAAUAUUUUACACACAGUAAGCACGAAAUAUGUUUAGCACUAACAUGACUAGAGCUGUUGACAUGACUACUAAUUCAUAUAUAGACUGUAGUUUCUUUUACACUUUGAUAGUCACCUCACUAUUCAAAUUAAGGCAUAUAUUAACAGCAUUUACUAAUCGAAGAGUUCUAUUUAUUCUAUUUCAGGCUAUUUGACCUGUGAUUGUACCAUUAACAUUUUUUCUGACUAAUGUGAAUUCUGUAUAUGAUAUUAAAACUAUGAGAUUUUAAGAAAUGGAA